AUCAAUCAAUCGAUCAAUCAAAUCAUCCUUAAAAAAAUAAAAAAUAAAAAAAUAAAAAAAAUAGAGGGGAAAAAAAAUCUGAAACCCUAACCCUAGAGAGAAAAAGAACUCGACGGCGAAAUCAAGAUCAAAAGAUGAUGAUGACGAAGAGCCCGAUGGGGGCGAUGGAGGCGGCGGAGGUCGACGACAUAAUCAGGAGGCUGCUCGAUGGCGGGAAGAGGGGGGCGAAGCAGGUCCAGCUCUCGGAGGCGGAGAUCCGGCGGCUCUGCGUCGAUUCCAAGCGCGUGUUCUCGUCGCAGCCCAAUCUUCUUCAGCUGCACGCCCCCAUCAAGAUCUGCGGUGACAUUCAUGGACAAUAUCAGGAUCUCUUAAGAAUAUUUGAGAUAGGUGGCUUCCCUCCAUCUUCAACCUAUUUAUUUCUUGGGGACUAUGUGGAUCGUGGCAAGCAGAGCUUAGAAACAAUCUGUCUGCUUCUUGCUUAUAAAAUCAAAUACCCACACAAACUCUUUCUUCUGAGGGGAAACCAUGAAGAUCCAAAAAUCAACAGAGUGUACGGCUUCUAUGAUGAAUGUAAGCGGAGAUUCAACGUACGUCUCUGGAAGAUGUUUACUGAUUGCUUCAAUUGCCUGCCGGUUGCUGCACUUAUAGAUGAUAAAAUAUUCUGCAUGCAUGGGGGCCUUUCACCUGAGUUGAGUAGUUUGGAUCAAAUAAGAGAUAUGAAAAGACCCGUUGAGAUUCCAGAUGAUGGUCUCCUCUGUGAUUUGCUUUGGUCUGAUCCUGAUCCAUCGAUUGAAGGUUGGGGGAAGAGUGACAGAGGGGUUUCAUGCACUUUUGGUGCUGAUAAGCUCGUUGAGUUUUUGGAGAAGAACGAUCUUGAUCUCAUAUGUCGAGCUCAUCAGGUGGUGGAGGACGGAUAUGAAUUCUUUGCACAACGGAGAUUGGUAACCAUUUUCUCAGCUCCAAACUAUUGUGGGGAGUUUGACAAUGCCGGUGCUUUGCUGAGCAUAGAUGAAUCCCUGCUGUGUUCGUUUCAGAUAUUGAAGCCUUCAGAAAACAAAGGAACAUCAGCUGGCUCUAACACAUUAAGACCCAUACCCAAAAAGCAGCUGCCGAAAGGUGGGAACUGACCGAUGGUUCCUUGAAUUACUCACCAAAAGUUCCUGGGGGAAAUUAUAGAUUAUAUUGAUAAGAAAAGUGUGGAUUUAUUGGCAGGUGUGUAUUAAUUUGUUUUAGUAACGUCUAAUGUGUAGCUAGGGAAGCUUUGUGACCCAAUGAAUCUCGCCGGGCUUGCUCAAUAAUUCGAUUGAAAUGUAAAUUUCUUUUUUGUAACGAAAUUGAGAAGUGAUGCAGGUUUUUUUUU